GAUUGACAUUGACGACUGCCCAGCUCGGCUCGGCCUCAUUCCACUUCCACAGGCGGAGGCCAAGAAGAAAUCCUCCUCCAAGCAUCCCUCGCCGGCCGGCGAUGUCUUCCAGCAGGUUCUCGCCGGCGCUGCAGGCGUCGGACCUCAACGACUUCAUCGCCCCCUCGCAGGACUGCAUCGUCUCCCUCAACAAGAACUCCGCCGCCAGCCGCCUCCCGAUUAAACAAAAGCAAGUUGUGGUGACUACAAAACCUCCAGAAGAAUCGGUCAAGAUUUCUCUCAAGGACUGUUUGGCUUGCAGUGGUUGCAUAACAUCAGCAGAGACAGUUAUGCUUGAGAAGCAAAGCUUGGAUGACUUCGUUACUCGCAUCAACUCUGGCAAAACCGUCAUUGUAUCUGUAUCUCCACAGUCAAGAGCAUCAUUAGCUGCAUUCUUUGGCCUUUCUCAGUCACAGGUUUUCCGGAAACUAACUGCUCUGUUCAAAUCGAUGGGCGUGAAGGCAGUGUAUGACACAAGUAGUAGUCGAGAUGUGGCCCUAAUUGAAGCAUGCAAUGAAUUUAUUUCACGCUAUAAGCUGAGUCAAUUGUCUAGUGAGAAAGAAGUUGGAACCAGUCUUCCUGUGCUUUCAUCUGCAUGUCCAGGCUGGAUAUGCUAUGCUGAAAAGACUCUUGGUUCAUAUAUCUUGCCCUACAUCUCAUCUGUAAAGAGUCCCCAACAAGUGAUUGGUGCAGCUAUCAAGCAUCACAUGGUUGAAAAACUUGGUCUCAAGCCGUAUGAUGUUUAUCAUGUUACUGUGAUGCCCUGUUAUGAUAAAAAACUUGAAGCUGUCCGGGGUGACUUUGUUUUCUCAGUGGAAGAAAAGGAAGUUACAGAGGUGGACUCGGUAUUGACAACCGGUGAAGUGUUGGACUUGAUACAGUCCAAAUCUGUUGAUUUCAAGACAAUGGAGGAAUCUCCUUUGGACAGAUUAUUAACAAAUGUUGAUGAUGAUGGUCAUCUAUAUGGGGUUUCUGGUGGCUCGGGUGGUUAUGCAGAAACCAUCUUUCGUUAUGCAGCACGUGCGCUCUUUAAUAGGGAAAUAGAAGGCCCACUUGAUUUCAAAAUCUUGCGAAAUUCAGAUUUCCGUGAAGUUACGCUGGAGGUGGAGGGUAGACCUGUUUUGAAGUUUGCCCUUUGUUACGGAUUCAGAAACCUACAGAAUAUUGUUAGGAAGGUUAAGAUGGGAAAAUGUGAAUACCAGUUUAUUGAAGUUAUGGCUUGCCCUUCAGGUUGUCUAAAUGGGGGAGGUCAAAUAAAACCUGCUAAAGGCCAAUCUCCCAAGGAUCUCAUCAAACUACUAGAGGAUGUGUACAUGCAAGAUGUAUCAAUAUCCAACCCCUUCGAUAACCCGAUUGCGAAAACAUUAUACGAGGAUUGGCUCGUGGAACCCGGUUCAGACGGCGCGAAGAGGUACUUGCACACGCAGUACCACCCCGUGGUGAAAAGUGUCACUUCGCAGCUGCAGAACUGGUGAUCCUGGCGAAGAUCGGGUCGUCGCGUCGAGAAUUCAUCGGCACAUGGUCUCCUGAGAAGCCAAGAGGGCACACUGCCGAGACAUCGACAACACAGAAGAUACAGGCAUCAUCAUGAAGGGUGUUAUGCUUGAGGGCAAAAUGAGUUUUGCUAGGCCAUAGGUUUUCCACCUGCUUUUUCUUGGUGAUAUUGUGUAACAUUGCCUCACACGAGAGAUAAACAAACAGUGACAGAUAAAUUGUACUCCUGUAAACAUGUACAAAGGUGGUGAUGAACAAAAAAGGUGGUGAUCUUUUUCCCCGGCGGUAGGAAA